AUGUCAGACACAGUCAAACCUUUGACUUCCUUCUUCAUAGAGGACAUCCUCUCCACUAAGGACAGCACCAGAUUCAACAGGGAAAGCUGCUCACAGAAGGCGGAAAGAUGGAAAGAAGAACCAGAAAUGUUGUCAGAGCAGAUCUGCAUGCAGGAGGAAGCGUGUGCAAGGCAGACAGAGUCUCUGGACACCUCCUGUCCCAGCUCCUCAGACUCCAGUAUCUACUCCUCUGGGAAACAGAAGCGCUCCAGAGCUGCGUUCACACACAUCCAAGUGCUGGAACUGGAGAAGAAGUUUAACCAUCAGAAAUACCUGUCUGCCCCAGAGAGGGCUCACCUGGCCAGCACCUUAAGACUGACAGAGACUCAGGUGAAAAUCUGGUUUCAGAACCGCAGGUACAAGACAAAACGAAAGCAGCAAAACUCUGAGUUCUGUAAGGACAUUUACAAAGCAGAGGGACUGAACCUGAGGGAAGAUUUGAUCCGAUCAUCACUGAUCACCUCAUUCUGCAAAGCUUAUCAAUACAGACCUUACCUGUGGGACUAUGGUGGCCCCUGGGGGCCAACAUUAUGGUGA